ACCAUCACAACUUGACGCUCGUUUAAUUAGGGGAUUUUGUUUUUGUUUCUUGCGCUUUUUUAUGAACUUACAAUUUUAUACAAAAAGGAUUCUUUUGACCCCCGCCCCCUGCAUCCACUCAAGAAAGUACACCUAAGUCGAGGAAUCUGGCCAGGAUGAAGUUGCUUGGGAUCCUCCUAGUAGCAAGUCUUGGAAGUUUCUUGAUGGUGUGUCAUGCUGGUGCUGUUUCAAUAGUUUACCUCACAACUAACUGCAAUGCCACUGUGCAAGCCAGUAGUGGUGGCUUCAUUGAGCCAGACAGUCGUUUGCUCUACAACAACAACAUCGACUGCACCACAGUGCUCACCACCACCGAAGGCAGUCGAUUCCUAUUGCGUUUCUUCCGCUUCAACCUAGAGGAGCCAAUCAGUGGAGCGUGUGUAGAUCACCUGACGGUUUACGACGGGUUGAAUCGAUCUAUCCCGCUGACGGAAACGCUCUGUGGUAGGAAGCAGAUUGCUGAUAUUGCCUCUGAGAGCAACAGCUUGACUUUUGACUUUGUGUCUGACGACAGCGGCAGCACAAAUGGCUUUGAGAUAUUCUACUCAGUGUUUACUUAUGCGCCAUGCACAUCAGAGCAGUUUGGCUGUAACAACAGCAGAUGCAUCGACAUGGCCUUAAAGUGCGACUCGUACAACAUGUGUGGAGACAACAGUGAUGAGACAGACUGUGAUGUGACGGUCAUCGAUGAGACUGGUCUGAGUGCAGCUGCAAUCGCUGGUAUCAUAGCUGGUUCCCUGUGCCUCCUACUGCUAGUCUUUGGUGUUAUCAAGGCCAUCAUUCACAAGUACCAGUCUAAACAGCUACUGAAUCAACUCAUGGAAGAGAUGAAGAAACAACCGACGACCAACGAGUACUCAGAGAAAGACUUCUGGGGAGAGAAUAAACCGGUCGAGGAAUAGGGAAGGGUAGGAUUCAUUCAAGCUUGGAUUCAUUCUGUAUUAAAAAACACUGGACACCUUUGGUAAUUGUCAAACAUCAGUAUUCUCACUUGGUGUAUCCAUCAUAACA